GCGUCGUUCUGAUCGCAGUGUACGAGUUUAAAAUUUUCGUAGGCGGUUGUACCAUCUAGAAGUUUGAAAUCUAUGAAUCAUGAUUAAUACAGCUUGACAGACUCAAGCAUUUGGAUGGUAUUGUUGUGUAGCGUAGUGAUGGGCGUAAUUUUCUUGGAACACAUCGGAGGUACUCGGUUGUUCUCCUGCGCUUCUUGUGACACCAAUCUUACAAACAGAGGUCAGCUGAUAAGCACGCGUUUUACGGGCGCGACAGGCCGUGCUUUUCUAUUUAACAAAGUGGUCAACUUGAAUUACAGCGAGGUACAGGAUAGAGUGAUGUUGACGGGUCGUCACAUGGUCCGAGAUGUCAGCUGCAAAAACUGUGAUGCUAAACUUGGGUGGGUGUAUGAAUUUGCCACAGACGAGAAUCAACGAUACAAGGAAGGCCGUGUCAUCCUGGAACGUGCUUUAGUCACUGAAAGCGAUGGAAUGGGCGACAAUAUUUAAUAGCAUACACAUAAGUAGCACGCCAUAGGAUAAGAAUACCUUAUAGUCAGUGCUAAAUCAGUUGUCCUACUUCUCUGUGUUCUUUCAUUAUUUAGAGUAAUCAAAAAGAAAAGAUUAUUGUAUGAGUAUACGAUGAUUUAUAUUUAAUAUCUAAUAUUUUUGUAAACAUCAAACAUAUAUUAUUAUUUUAAAGCUAUUUUUCAUUCGACGAUGUAUUUUGUGCUAGGUCACAUUUAAAAUAAACGUUCGGUCUAUUAUUGUGUUAGAAUUUUAAAUAUUAUAAUGUUUUUUAUAUUAAAAUUCAUUGUAAAGAAAAAUAUAGAUUAUAUUGAAUAAGUAAGAUAAAUUGUAAACUAUGACCAAAUAUAUUAAUUAACUUAAUAAA